CAUUUAUCUUUCUUUAUUAUUGUUAUGAAGAAGAAAUAAACGAGUUACCCGUUAUCUUAAAAACAUCUCAGAAUAGAGACGUGGACGAGAGAUUGAAGAUGCUCUAUUACUUUAGUGUCUAAAACAAUGUCAACUAGAGUUUACAAGACAAAGACUUCUUAGAACAAUACGUACACCAUCCGCGCUGCCAUCACACACUAGAUCUCAGUAGUUUAGAAUACUUAAUAGAUGCUAGAUUAAUUUAUAUUAUGCUAGAUUAAUUAUCAUUAGUCUUAAAGUAUAUUUAGAUAAUAUUGUUAAUGUUCAGUCUAUUUGUAUUGGUAAUACUUUAUUGUCACCAUUUUCUUCAAGUCAACAUUAUGAGAGGGAGGCAUGUGGAUUUAGAUUUGAGACGAAAAGUUUUGUAUUACAUAAAGACUUCAGACGCAGCUUAGAUUACGUAAGAUUGCGCGUAGCUCUAUAUACAAACUACUCAUGUAUUUCCGUUCCUUUCACUUCAAAGACGCUAUUCAUUUGUGCAGCCCAAAUUUAAGUGUACAUAGAAGUUGAAUAAUUUUUGUACAAGCCCAGAGUAUAUUGCUUUAUACGUAUUUUAAGUUGUACAUGAAAACUCGGUUAUUCAUCGUUUGUUGAUCAAUAGCAAGUCAUCAGAUGUUAACGACGUUUUAUCGCAUACACAAUGAGUUUAAUGCGGUAAAUUUAAUAAAAUACUACGCUAUAAAUUAAAGCAACGUUUUUUAAGAAGUGUGUGUUUAUCGUAAAUGCUAUCUAUAUCAGCGUUGUGAAUAAUUGCUAAAAUUAUAACAUAAUAUUUAUAACUAUAUAAAAAUAAAAUAAAAUUAUAACAUAUAUUUAGAAUUAUUAUAUUAUAAAUACUGUAAAUACUUAAAAUGUUGAGAAACCGUUCAUAUCUCAAUGGUUUAAUUAUAAAUUAAUCCAAUAAAGUUUGACCUUUAUAUCAGUUGGUCUGUACCUACCAAUAGUAUCUAUGAUAAAAUAUUAUCAGAAAUUUAGUAAAUGUGCAUCUAACUCCAUAGAAGUAUUGAAGUUAAACAAGCGUAAAGCACGAUGAAUAGGCCAGCUACCCGUUGACACAGUGUUGAAUAAGGCACGGCCUCGUUUCCCCCUUUCAGUUCCUACAGUAUGCUUACAGGUAUAGAUGUAUAGAGUAACUAUAGACCCCAAUCAGCAAGCAUCUUUCAAUCUCGAAAAUUACCUGUUGCAUUUGAAAGUAAAACUACACUAACAUUCUAUUUCAUUUUUAAAUAGACUUUCAUUAGGAAUUAUUAUUUUAUUUUCACUCGCACGUUGUAGAACUUCGAUCGAAAGAGUUUAGAGGAUAAGGGCUUCUUUCGUAAACCAUACCAUAGUACAUAAAUUGAUCACCUCAUAGAAUUGAUUAAAUUCAAAAGUAUAUGAACAAAUCAAAAAAAAUCCGUACCGGGAUCAGAUGGACCAGUGGAGGUAAUCACGCCUCUAUGCAAAACACGGCAAUUGCGCUGCUGGAGACAGCGUCGGCGUACGAGAGGGCGGCGCUGGCAUGUGAGCACCUGGAAGCGGGCGAGCGCGGCGGGUUCCGGUGAGAACGUUGGCGCGGCAGCGGCAUGGAGGAGCGCCCGCCGGACGUGCCCCUGAUCGUGACGCCGCCGUGCGCGGCCGGCGCGGGCGCCGCGCUCACCACCUCGCGGCGCGCCGCCUCCACGCGCAGCUCUCGCGACGAUCCGCCGCCCUCCACUUGGCGCUCCUCGGUGCGUGUGCGCGACACCAGUUUUCGCGGCUCCCGCAAGAGCGUCGUACGCCUCGAACCGCCCUGUAAUGGCCUCAACGGGUUGCCCGCCAUCGGCAAGGAGGUCCUGUCUUUGGGCGCGACGGGCGGCCACAAGGGAACCACCCAGCCUUCCCACCCUUGUACUAUCCUCCACCACUCUCCUUAUAAGGCCGCUUGGGAUUGGUUGAUCCUAAUAUUAGUGAUUUAUACCGCAAUAUUUACACCUUAUGUAGCUGCAUUUCAACUAAAUGAGCCUGACUUCGACAAGAGAUCCCGCGCGUUCGGCCAGGACCCUAUUGUUAUUAUUGAUAUGAUAGUGGAUGUGACGUUUAUUAUCGACAUCCUAAUAAACUUUCGGACUACCUACGUUAAUGCCGCUGACGAAGUGGAGUCGGAUCCUGCCAAGAUCGCUAUGCAUUACUUACGCGGAUGGUUUAUCAUUGACCUGGUAGCCGCUAUCCCCUUCGACCUACUUCUCUUCGGCACCGAUACCGAUGAACAGGGGCUGGAAAGUGAUGAGACAACUACGCUCAUUGGUUUACUAAAAACAGCGCGACUGUUGCGCUUAGUGCGAGUUGCAAGGAAAAUAGAUAGAUAUUCCGAAUAUGGCACAGCCGUCCUUCUCCUCCUCAUGGCCACGUUUGUUCUUAUCGCCCACUGGUUGGCUUGUCUUUGGUACGCUAUUGGAAACUGGGAGAGACCUCAGCUUCACGCCCCUAUCGGAUGGCUUGAUGCCCUUGCGAAUGAUGUACAGGCUUCCUAUGAUAACUCAACUGGCCCCUCUAUGAGGUCCCGGUACAUAACAGCUUUAUAUUUUACGUGCACUUCACUUACCAGUGUUGGCUUUGGUAAUGUCGCACCGAAUACAGAUAUGGAAAAAGGAUUUACGAUAUUUGUCAUGCUUGUUGGAUCACUCAUGUACGCAAGUAUAUUCGGAAAUGUAUCGGCGAUAAUACAGAGGCUGUAUUCUGGAACGGCGAGAUACCAUACACAAAUACUGAGAGUUCGGGAAUUCAUUCGUUUUCAUCAGAUCACCAACCCUCUCCGCCAAAGAUUAGAAGAAUAUUUCCAACAUGCGUGGAGCUACACAAAUGGCAUCGAUACUUCUAGAGUAUUGAGGAGAUUUCCGGAAUGUUUACAAGCGGAUAUCUGCUUACAUUUAAAUCGCAAUUUAUUAGCUAGCUGUGCGGCUUUUGAAGGCGCUAGCCCUGGAUGCUUAAGAGCUCUUUCCUUAAGGUUCAUGACUACGCAUGCUCCUCCCGGGGAAACCCUGGUCCACCGCGGUGAUGUGCUCAGUUCAUUAUAUUUUAUUUCCCGUGGUUCAAUAGAAAUUUUAAAAGAUGACAUUGUUAUGGCUAUUUUAGGUAAAGACGAUAUAUUUGGGGAGAACCCGUGCACCCAUAGCACCGUUGGUAGAAGCAACUGUCGCGUGAGAGCGCUAACAUACUGCGACCUGCAUAGAGUGCAUAGAGAUGAUCUACUUGAUGUACUGGAAUAUUAUCCUGAGUUUCGAAGCACCUUUAUGAACAACCUAGAAAUCACAUACAACAUGCGUGAUGAGGAACUUGGUGGAUUAGAGCCAAGACGUCGGAUGCGUUAUGAAAACGCCAAUGAAGCUCGAUUAUUAAGAGAAGCCUAUGCGCGAACAACACGCAGGCCUCAAGCCGAAACAUUUGCGGAUAAGGAUUCACAAUGCAGCGACGAGGAUACAGAAUCUACACCAAGUCGAGGUAUCUUAGAAUUUUCUACCGAUAAAGCUGGACAAGAUGUCACUCCUCUUAACUUUAAUUUUAGUAAACAACGCUCCACCACGCUCAACUCGAUAACAGGCAUGCUUGCGCACUUUAAACGGAGCUUCCCAGACCUCUAUCAUCAUAAAACGCACCAGCCGCUGCACAACAAAUACUCACAAUCAACUCCACAAACGUAUAGAGGUCGAGCAGCAGUUCGGCGGCAGUCGUCCGUGGGUCCCUUAAAUGAUACUUCACCGCUAACUUCAGCAGCUGCAGGCGAGCCAGCAGUUAGUACGCCUGCACACAGCACAACUCUUCCAGUGUCAAGCCUCAGCACGAAUCCUAGUUCGUACUAUACGAAUGCCUCUCCGAGUCCGCCAGCGCCAGCUCCCGUCCAUGUUUCUUGCGAUGAUAUCCUCGCGCCCACUGCGACCCAAUCUGUUGGAAGAACUCCUUCAUCUAGAUCUGCACCGCAUUCAGCUGUUAAUUUACAUAUGACUGGACGCCCAACAGCUCUCGUGCUCAACGGUGAAAGAACUCAAAAUUCUGGUGUACAGGAGACUGUUUCACCACAAUAUCAAAAUGUAGGAGCAGCUGCAACUGCAGCUUCUGUGACAACAAUACUAACAAGACUAGAAGAAUUAAGUCGUCGAGUGGCUGUUUUAGAAAAUGGGUUAACUACGGAUGUGCGAAGAAUCUUACAAUUGUUACAAUCCCGUGAAAUGUCCCAUCAUAACGCAGCUCCAGCUCAUACUCCAUCGCAACCGUUACCUAAAGCAUCUUUGUCGGUACCUCAUAAUAAUGAUAACCAAUGGGAGUGGAACUGGAACGGAGACCGCGAGCGAGGCGGGCGCCCACGAGGCGAGCGCGCCGACCGAACGCCGGGAGUCCAAAGGUCAGCCUCAGAGCCGCACGCGCCUGUGCCGCCGGCUCUGCCGCCUCCACCGCACUCGCAUUCCUUUUACAGGUAGUGUGAGGCAGGCGAGACGAGCGCUCCUCGCUCCCGGCCAUCGACGCGCUCGCUCGCAGAGUCCGCCUCGUGCGGCUCGCUGGCGGGCGGCUCGCCGGCCGCUCCCGAGCCGCCCCCGCCCGCGCCCGGCACCCGAUCUGCCCCGCGCGCGCGCUUUCACUUCUGCCGGCGCAUCACCCACGUACGCCGCGACGACGCAAGAACCUUCCUAUAACGCGACACGCAUGGACCAAUUUUAUACCUAAUUCAGUCGUCGAAAGUGUUGAGUCGGACGUACAUUGCAUUGAUCUGUACCAUUCGCUAUUAAAAACUGCGCUAUAAUAAAAUGUAAUAUUCGACUCAAAAACAUAAGAUCAAUAUAGUACAGAAUAUCUGCUGUGAAAUAACAGUGUUUCGAAAUUUAUCGGUGAACGUAUUGGGUGUUUAUUUUCUCUUGGAAGAAUUUAAGUGCUAAUAAUGUUAUUCGAUACUCUUAAAGUUAUUGAUACGAGGCAAUUCUAAAAAUCAUUUUGAUUAUUGCUUUCCGUUAUUUUUUAAACGAUUUAAAUCAUUACAAUAAUUUAUUUAAGUGUCUAUUAUUAAGUUUAGAUCUCAGCCGUGCAGAAAUAAGUAUGUAUAUAAGACUGAGGCACUACGUAAAUCCGUGAACUGUAUUUCCAGAAGAGAGUAAACGAUAAACGCUUUGUACCCGUCCUUGCUCCUUGCCUUUACAUUGUAGCUAGGUAAUAACGAACACUACUUUGGUCAAAUUUGAAAUGCUCCUUGUGGAAGUGCGUUUAUGAAACUUGACAUAAUUAGAUAUAAAUAUCAUGCUGAAUUCAAUAUCGCAUAAAAUUAUAGGCGUUUAAUUAUAAUAUUUUCGACUUUAUGUACCCAAACUUUGACUGAGAAAUAUUUACUUAUUGAUAUUAUUUUAUAAUCAGGCAUUAAUAAUGGUUAAAUACUUAAAUUGAACGUUACGAUGGUGGCCACAUCAAUUUGUACUAAAUGUUAUGUAUAUAAGCGAAAUACCGGUGUCAUGAUGUUAAAAGCUAAGUUAUGGCUCAAAAGUUUAUCCUUAUGAGGUUAUGAGUAAUACUAGUUAAGAAGACAUUUCGCCAAUAAUAAUAUAAUAUCAUUAUAAGCAAUGUUAAGGCCAACCAUUAUAUUAAAAUAAGAUCGCGAUUACGAUACUACUCACAUAAAUAAUAUGACUAAUAUAUUAUGUCGGUGUGCAAGUGUCAUGAUUCAAAUACUACAUUUAAAUGCUUACGUGUAUGUGUUUAUGUUGUUAGUAAAUACACACAUAUGGUAUGUAUGCAUACCUAUUAUUAUAAAAGUAUGUAACUAUAAUGAGCUUUCUUGUUAUCACUAUUCACUAUUCUUGGUUACAAGAAUAAUAAAAAAGAUCAAUAAUUCUCAAAGAUGUGUCUGUGAAAUCUGUUAAAUUUUCAUAGAGUAUAUAUGUAUUUCCAUGGUGUGAAUGAUAAAUAUUUAUUUCAAUUUUACAUUCAUUCAUUUCUUUUAUAUUGUAUCUCGUCAGUAUUUAAGAACUUUAAUUAUUUUUCUAUGUCGUCAAUAUAUGUUUACAUAAAGUUGAAUUUUUCUAUAUGUAAUACUAUUUAUUUAAAGUAUUGCAGGAGUGGAAGAAUAAGAAUCAUUCUGCUAGAUAGUCAUGCAUGAAAAUGCCUAAGUAUGCCUUCGCUGGUCAAUCACGAAAGGGAUAAUUGAGUUCAUCGUAUAUAUUACAUAGUGCGGGUGUCUAACUGGGGUCAACGACUGAUCGUAGGAGAUAUUGUAUAAUAUUAAAUUGAUAUUUCAAUGCAUAAUACAAUUAAUAAGAUAACAUUGACGAACCAUCACAUAAUAACAUUGUAUUCUCCUUUGAUAUUUGUGCCUUUUUUUUGGGAUAGUUUGCUUAGAAACAAAUCAUUAGUAUAUUAUUAUGCAGUGGUUUAAAAUUUAGUUAGAAUUAACAUCACCGCACAUUCUAACUUUACUUAUAAUAAAUACUUUGUUCGCAUCGUUACUUGUAGAUAAUAUAAGUAGGUAUAGUUUUGUAAGUUGGUCAAUUGUGAAAUGUAGGUAGUGUUACACUUUGCCUCGAAACUACAUAAUAUUACAAUUCGCUACUUCGCUGUAAAAAAUCUAUAAAAUAUUGUUCGCCAAGCACAUAGAUAUGCCUCCAUACAUGUUUUGCUUUGAUAGUAGUAGCAAUUAUUGAUUAAGAAUCUUAUAUUAAGUCAAACACAUUUUAUCGAAUCAUGUUUGGUAUCUAUAUUUUAUUUAUUAAAUAAGUUUAAUAGUUUUAAAUAUUUCUUACGAGAAGCUUUACAAAACAGCAUUUUUAUUACUUUACCACAAAGCUUUACCGAUAAUCCUAGUAAAUACUUUAGUAUCCAAUAAGAAAAAUUUUUAUUUGGACAUUUAUGAAGCUUUAAUACACAAUAAUAAGUAAAAAUACAUUGAAGAUAAGAUCUAUACUCUAUAAACAAAAAGUACCUAACUAUGAACCGGGCAAAAUUGAUUUUUUCUCCAGAAUGACUUCUGGAAGUAUUUAUGAAUCUUUCUUUUUAUUGAACCAUAAGCAAUUUCAUAAAAACAAAACAUGUUUGUAAUAAACUUAAUAUACAGCAAAUGUUAACCAAUUCACUGUCAUGUAUAGAUAGUUAAUGUAAUUGUUCAAAAUUCUUAAAAAAUAUGCUUCCGAGUACUUUUAUUAUUCUUAUUCUGUUACCCAUCUCUUAUAAAUAAAUAAUUUUUAUGUGUUGAAAAUACAUUACCUAAUCAUAAUCAUCAUUCAGCCAUCAUGCGCAAACUCUUGCGUUCGCGCUUAUGAGCACAGGGUGUUUUAAUUUAUUGUUUUAGUAGUAUUAUUAAAUUAUAGAAUAAUUGUUACAUUGAAUAAAAUACUUAAGAUUAAAUAUAUAAAGCCUAUCUAAUAAUUGAUUGGAAAGCACAUUUUUUUAAGAUUUAUGACGAUCUCCUAAGAUGUUUUUCUUCAAUGUACGUAGUAUUCAUAUUCUAUGGUUAUAUUGUAUUACUUGUUUAAGAAUCUCAACGUACAAAACGAUAUAGACCGUUUGUAUAUUUGUGAAUAAUUUGUAAUAAGUAUUAUACGCUAAUGUAUUGUUUCGUAGAUAUAAUCUACUUUUAAAAUUUUCAAGCAUAUUACAUGAAUAAACAUUUUAUCUUUCAGAAUUUUAUGAAAUAUGUUGUUACUGACGUUAUUUUUAAUUAUUUUUACAUAUCAUUUAAUGUAAGCUAUUUUAUUGAUCUUUGUGUAUUUUUAAGAAUAAGAUAUUUUACUUUAUUAUGUUUUAAAAGCAAACGCUAAAUUUAUAAAUUGGAAAUGAGAAGUGAAUAAAGCAGAAAAGCAAUUAGUUGGAUGCAUCUUUCUCAAAAUUAAUUUGUAACCAAUGAAUAUAAAUUAUGAGUCACAUAUUACUAACUCUUCGCGUUUUAAGCCUUGAAUUAAAUAAUCUCACAGUUACAUUGUUCUAGUGUACUAUGUAUAUUGAUAAAUUUAGUGUUUUAUAUUUUAAACAUUGCGCAAAGUUAAGUGUGCAUAAUAAUUAUAAUAAAAUUAGUAAUUUUGUCUGUGAUCGAAAUUUUAUAAUGUUAAGCUGAAAAUAAGCGCACUUAAAUAUAUCCUUUAUUCAUACAUUCUGACGAUUAAUACAUUGUUUUAAUUUGCUGCUGUAUACAAAUCGGAAUCAAUAGAUUUGAACUAUGCAAUAUAUAGCAUUUCUCUAUAAAUUACAAGGGUUCAUUUUAACAUAAAAUAACAGGUCAUGUUAGGAAUAUAAGGUCAAAAAAUUUUCAAUGCAGAAAGUUCAACGAAGAAAAAUUCCGCUUAAAAAUGUCCUUGAAAGAGCUUCUAAAAUUUUCAACUUAUUAUUUAUUUCCUCUGAAUUUAAUUAAUUAAACAUGCAUCCUUAUUGGUGAUUUAAACAUUUAAAUAUUAUACAGAAAAAUGUUUUUAUUUAAAUUAUUUCUACAUUGUGUAAUAAAAUAUAUAUUGAGCUUAUUAAUUGUUCUACAGAAUGUAUGAAUUCUUGGAAGCUAUGUAUAUAUUAUUAUAUUUAGUAUUUAAUUUGUUUCUCUUCUCGACUACCUAUCUACACGCGCCAUGUACGUUUUGUUACACAAAAUGUUAAUCUAAAGCAUGUUGCGUGUUUAGGAGUGACUCUAUUCAAGUCCAAUUUAUACGAGGCAAAAGUAGAUGUAUACUCUUAUGAUUAGUCCCACAUUGUUAAUUAGUUAGUCCCUAUAUAAAAUCUUAACAGAAUUUGGUAAUACUCAUUCAGAUAGUUAAAACAUUAGAUUUAUAGAGCUUGCUUUAUAAUGUAGAGAUUAUUACGGUAACGCGAUGUUUUAACAGUAUAUUGUACAAAUAUACUGCUGCUUUAGUUUCGCCGACUUUGAAAUGCAUUGUUGAACUGACAUCAUAUUGACAGAAGUUGUUGGUAAUCUGUAGUAGAAUAAACCAACCAAUUAUUUGGCUAAAUUAAAUGUAUAUAAUAAAACGAGAGAAGCGUUGCUAUAAUAAUUCUACAUAUAUAGCUUGUGAAAAAUUUUAUAGAACAUUAAAGGCAUAUAAAACGAUUUCUAAAUCGACGCUUGCUUCGCAAUCAGUUUUAGAGUUAGUGUUUGUAAGUUUCCCCUAGGUCGUAAAUAAUUACAACGAUUGCAUUCAAUUGAACGUUUUGUUUUUCUCAUUCAGCUUUAUAAGCAAUAAAUUGACGGCUUUAUAAGUAAUUUUUAUACAACAAUAAGAAUAGGAAUUUGUUCGUUAUUGUUAACAAAGUGAACGAACGGUAAAUGAUGUAAAAUACGCGUCAUUUGUAAUUAAACAAAGCACAUUAGCCCUACUAAUAUAGUUAAUGAAAUUUUGAGCAGCGCAAACUCUCGUUGAAUACCUAAAUAAAUUCUGUGAAAUAAAAUAUCACGCACAUG